AUGCAAAACCCUCCACUGAUCCGUCCUGAUAUGCAUGCUCAGGGAAAUAAUUCAAUGGGCGCGUGCAGCACCUCUGACAAAGGCGUAAAUGAACAAUCGUCUCCUCAUACUGUGCAGUCAAGCGUAGCCCAAAAAUUCCCUCAUAAAUUGAAUCAUACUACUAAUAACAAUGACACCGAUGUCUCUGCCGUCAAUAAUCCUACUCAGACCCCGUUACCAAACCUGUUGCAUUUACCUGGUCCACCGGACUACAGAUCAAUGCACCAGAACCCCAUACAUCCAUCUUACGUUAUCCCUCCGCAUUCAAACGAAGGGAAACAAUCAGCUUCUUAUAACAAACCCUCAAAUGCCCAUGUAAAUAUGCAAUCAUCCAUGGUGUUUCCACCAAAGAAUUAUCCUGUAACCUACCCACAUCAUCAAAUAAAUCCUCCCUUACCAAAUGGACUUCCAAACAAGAAUAUAAAUUCAAACAAAGACUAUAUUAUUGAAGGUCAACCAUCGUAUUUCCAAUCGCGUAAUACUAGUAUUACAUCUGUACCCCUUCAUUUUGAAAACAGUGCUGCUAGCGCUACUAACCUAGCUGCUAGUACUAGCGUAAGCGAACCCCUUGUAGAUAAAGAAGUACCGCCGGCAGGUAGUUCAGGAAAGACUUUGAGAAAUACAAGAAGGGCUGCUCAAAACAGAACUGCUCAAAAGGCAUUUAGACAAAGGAAGGAAAAGUACAUCAAAACUUUAGAGCAGAAAUCAAAGAUAUUCGAUGAUCUGCUAGCAGAAAACAAUUACUUCAAAUCAUUGAAUGAUACGUUGAGAAAUGAUAAUAAUAUUUUAAUAUCCCAACACGAAGCUAUAAGGAAUGCAAUCACAAUGUUAAGGGGUGAAUAUGACGCCUUGUUUAAUGAAAAUAAUAUGUUGAAGAAUGAAAAUAAUAUUUUAAAGAAUGAAAAUAACAUCGUAAAAAAUGAACAUAAUAUGUCAAGAAAUGAAAACGAAAAUCUGAAAAUUGAAAAUAAACGUUUUCAUGCUGAAUACAUACGAAUGAUUGAAGACAUUGAAAUUACGAGAAGAAGGGAACAGGAUCAACGAAAUGAAAGAGAGCACCUGAUUAAAAAAAUUAGAUCGUUAGAGGAAAUAGUUAAAAAUCAGCCCAGUAAAGGCCCGUGA